AACUAGGAUAGAAGGCUCAGUGCCACACUUUCUUACCUAAGUGGCCAAGAUUUGAUUCUCUAAUCAAAUUCACUUCUGGCUUAUAAGAAAAAUAAUCCAGAUUGAUUUGCCUGUGCAGAUGACAUAUCAUAGGAUGAAGGAUGCAUUGAUACAGAUGAUUAAGGGUGUACUAAAGGAACCUACUGCAGUUCUAGUUGUCGUCUUGUUUGGUGAUAGACCUCCAACAUUGUCAAAGAAAGAUGUUACAUUCACCCCUUUCUACUCCAUCCUUGAUCACUCUCAGCCUUAGGUGCAUAAUGGUAUGUUUCCCAAUGCAACAAUGGUUAUCCUGCACGUUUGCUACAUCUAGUUUUGGAAAGUCCACUCAAUGCACGGGUUAGCCCUCAUUUUUUAAGACAAGUUGAACAAUAGGAAAUUCUCUUAAUGAUUGCUAUUGUUAGUUUCUACUUUCUAAAGCUGUUUUCCAUUUCUCUGUUUGCUACCAAUAUGGAAUGAAUCUCUCAGCUAUCUUAUAAUUUAUUUUGAGUUUGGCUUCAAAGUAGACAGGGCUAAUGGGGAAAACAUAAAGAGAUGUUCUUCCUGCUCACAAGAUACAUGAUUGAUCUACUUAAGAUAUGACAUGGAUUAAAAGAAAGAUGAAGACAACACACUAAAUGAAGGUGAAGCUGAGAUUGAUUUUUCACAUACAAAGAGACUAGACUUAAAGUGGAGUCCAUUGUGACUAUUACAUUACCCCAUAUGCUGCCCAGGUUGUCUAACUAAAGAUGUUGAGAAGCAAUGAGGACUGGCUAAAAGGAUGUAAAGAUCCCAACCGUUGAUGGGUGUCCAAGGUCGAGACAAGGAAGCCACUAUGAUUUCACUGGUUUGAUCAAACUCUACCAAAGAGGUGGGGUUUUCAAGUGACUGCAGGCGAAUGAUGUGGCUGUGACUCGAGCAAGAAGAUAGUGUUGCCUCAUCUGUGAUUUGGAAACAAUAAGUGACAGAUUCUUAAAGCAAUUCAUGGAGUACUUUGAGGAGCAUGGCCAGUAUCUAAGGAGCUCUGAAUACUGCAAUGAAUACGUAAAGAGCUUGAAGGAAUAAGAUACUUUGUCCCCAGCUCAGGGCAUUUCAGUUUAUUACUUAAUCUGGUACAUCUGUAUUCAGGAGCUCAGGAAAAUAGGUAGUAGGAUGUUCUUAUAAAGAUUAAUUUCUAUUUGUUGUUAUUUGUCUAGAAAGUCAUCAGAAAAAUAUGAUGCGAGACAUUCAGAUCAUCUUUGUUCUAUUAUUUUUGAAACUAA